UCCGCGCGCAUGCGUAGAAACACCGGGAGGACCGCGUAGAACCAUAGAGUUCGGGGGGGUGUUUGGCAGAGCGCCUCCCGCUAGGGAGCUGUGAGGCGGCUUCCGGUGGAGCUCUGAGGGGGCUUCCGGUGGAGCCGUGAGGGGUUGGCCAUGGCGGAGAUCCCGUUCACACGGGUGGUGUCGGUGACCAGCGCGGACCCGCGUCACCCGGCGGAGAAUCUGCUGCGGCCUGAAGAUGGCGGGAAGUGGAGGGGAGCGGCGGCGGGGGAGAAACAGCUGAGUGUGGUGCUGGAGCUGGGCGACUCCCGGCCCAUUCACUCGCUGCACGUCGGCAACGACGGCGCCGCCUUCGUGGAGGUGCUGCUGGGCUCCUCGGCCGGGGGGGACUUCCAGGUGCUGCUGCCCAGCGCGGCGCUGAUGUCGCCCAGCGAGAGCCGGGCGGGGGCGGGGCCGGGCCGGGUGCGGCUCUUCGGGCCCGAGGCGCUGGUCAAGCGGCCGGCCACGCCCACGGCCAGGUGCGACCGGCUGCAGGUGGUGCUGAGCCAGCCCUACUGCCAGAGCCGCCCCUACGGCCUCGCGUUCAUCCGGGUGUUCGCCGCGCCCGAGGAGGGACAGGAACCGCCCCCGGCGCCGCUUCGCCGCCUGGGCGCCUUCACGCUGCGGCAGGAGGGGGAGGGGAGCCCCCAGCGCCCCCCCGGGGCCCUCUUCUACCGCCGCCCCUCCCCCACCCCAGCCCCCGCCCAGCCCCCGCCCGGGCCCAGCUACGCCGCGGCCGCGCUGCAGGGGAGCAGCGGUGACGUCACGCAGCCCCCCAAGCGCCGCCUCCCCUCCCCCACCCCCACCAACGGCGCCCCCCAAAAAAAACCCCCCAAAACCCCCCCGAAAAAACCCAAACCCACCCCGCCCCCGCCCACUCCCCGACCCCCCAAAACCUCCUCGCCCCCCGAAAAUUCGGGGGGUCCCGUUUUGGGGGGGGUGGUGCUGGCGCUGAGCGGCUUCCAGAACCCUCUGCGGGCUCACCUGCGGGCGGCGGCCACGGCGCUGGGGGCCGAGUACCGGCCGGACUGGACACCUGAGUGCACUCACCUGGUGUGCGCCUUCCCGCGGACGCCCAAGGCGGCGCGGGCGCGGCAGCGGGGCGGGGUCGUGGUGGGAGCCAGGUGGAUCUGGGAGUGUCAGAGGAGGGGCCGGAGGCUGAGCUGCGGGCCGUACCUUCUGGAUGGCUCCGCCUCCUCCGGCAGCGAGGGGGAGGAGCCUGAGGACGCCCCGCCCCCUUCCCACCCAUCCCCCAAGGUGAAGAAAGGGGCGGGGCCUCCUCACCUGGAAACACCCAGGACUCCUCCCCCCACCGCGCCGGCCACGCCCCCUGAGUCAGGUGACAGCGACGGCCAAUCAGAGGAGUGA